GCGAUAGUAUAGCUGGACCAGCGAGGGGAAGUUGAAGCCGCAUGAGAAAGCGUCCAGGCGUUCCUCGUGAUGGCUUCGUACCCUCGUUUCGAUUCUUCUCGACCUGAGGGCUCUGCCGACCUCGUCUCACUUUCAUUACAACCACAUCCUCCUCCUUUGCUCGAGCAUUGCCCGACCUUUCCUCUCAUUCUGAACUUCGUUUGAAACAUCAUAUACCUCUCAAUCUCAAGACUGCGAUAUCACAGCUUGCGUACUAGCCAAUCGUACAUGACAUCCCCACGACCGUGGAAAGGACAACAACGCGCCUCUAGAUCGGGUUAUUCAAGGAAAGUCGAGUGGGCCAAUGCUACUGUGGAUGCUGGACCUAAGAUUGGACGGAGAGAUGUGGCAGAGGGCGAUGGAGGAGAGAACGGGAUCGUACUACCGUUGGACAUGAUAGGAGAUGGGCUCUAUGAAGUAGUCUAUACUGUCGCUAUCAGCGUGGGCCACAAUAAUCAAAACAUGAACAUUCAAGUCGACAUGGGCUCCUCCGACCUCUGGCUUGCAUCAAAACAGUGCAGUUCCUCCGCAUGUUCGUCAAUCAGCGGACAACUCUACGAUCCUUCAACGGGGACGGCGGCGAACAAGCAGUUUAACAUCAAUUAUCUGGAGGGCAGCGUGAGUGGUCCGAUAUAUUGGGAUCAGGUCACAAUUGGAGGGUAUACCGUAUCGAACCAGGCUCUAGCCGCUGCCACAACCGUCGAUUCCGAACCUCUCGGAUACAAUUUCGACGGAAUUCUCGGUCUGGGUCUCCCUCUCAACUCCGUCAUCACCCAACAACUUCCACAAACGACUUCCAACUCGCCCGAUGGUACUGUCCUUGCUAUCAAACUCUUCGGCUCAUCAACCUCUCCGUCCUCCCCAUCAUCCCGCUUCAUUUCGGUCUCGUUCUCUCGCCCAGGCUCCUCAUCACCCUCGUCUUUCCUCGGAAUAGGUCGACAUCCGAGCGAUGUAGUACCAGAUCCUUCCAAGAUCACGUAUACGAGGGUGCUGGCAGGGAACUCGGGUGUCUAUCUCUGGAGGAGUAACGUCAGGGCGCUCAGCGUGUGGGUGGAUGGCCAAGAGAGAGCGAUCACGCUCGGAACGGGCAAGAGUGGCAGUGUGUUUCCGAGCGCGGUGCUGGAUAGCGGGGUGCCUGUGAUCUUGACGAGUACGACAAUUGCGAAUGCAGUCUAUGGGGCGUUAGGUAUAGCGCCAGCGAGCGACGGGAACUACUACGUACCUUGUACUACUCCACUCAACAUGACCAUCACACUCGACAGCCAACCAGCAACAAUCCUCCACCCGCUCGAUCUUACCGCCUAUCCUUUACAAUCCGGCUCCACGUCCACCACUGGCACCUGCAUCGGCCUCAUCCAGACCGCGAACGGGCAGAUGGACAACGCUAAUAAUGGGCUCGACGACUUCAUACUCGGUGUUCCCUUCCUGCGAAACACAUAUACCGUCAUGGCGUACGAAGCUCCCGAUUCGAACGGCAACUUUGGUGGUAGCAAUGCGGGCAGUGCUAUCGAUGCGAGAUUGGGGCUGUUGAGUUUGACGGAGCCGACAACGGCGCUGGACGAGUUUCAUACGGUGCGGGUGUUGAACCAGCCGUUGAGCGGGUCGGGUGGGGCGGGAUCGGCGGCGGGGAGUAGUGCUGGAGAUAAGAAGCUCGGAGCCGGGCUGAUUAUGUUGAUCGCCUUCCUCAGUCUUUUCGGGGCCUGUUUGGGCUUGUUUGGGGUGAGGUGGUGGGUGAAGAGGAGGCGGUGGAAGAGGGUGAAAGAAACGGAUGACGAUGCAGAUAUGUUCGGAACGGGAGGAUAUGUGAGGAUGGGUGCGAUGGGUCGCUCGGGGUACAGCCUAGCUGACUUGCAGGGGACAGGUUCGCUGGCCAGGAGCAGGGACAGGGACAGCGAGUUCGAGAGUUCACCCUUCAUGCGAAGAUCAUCAGGAGACAACUUUGGCCAUGAGAGGUCGCAGAGUAGCGUCAGUGUUACAGAGCCUCUGCUUGCACGAACGAGGAGUGGGUCGAGGAUACAGGUCCACGGUGAAGAUGGUAGCCUUAUCUCCGAUAUGGAUCCUUCGACGGGGACGAUGGGGCCUGUUAUUGUGUCUGCGGGAGAGAAUAGUAUGCAUGCACGAACGGCCAGCAACGGGAGUACAGGGAGUAACGCUUCAUUGAGCGGUACUCGAAGGCCUGGCAGUUCGGUGUCAGGGUUUGGGGAGGGCGUGAAUCCGGGCAUGUUGCUGCCUCCUUCACCUCUAAGUCCGAGGUUUCCGAGAGUUGCGCCUUCGCCACCGCCACUAGAGUAUUCUUGAUUAGACAAUGUCUCGGUGCUUUCUUUCUCUACUGCUACGUCUUCUCUCCUAUGCCGUCUCAUACUCAUAUAUCAUGAUACAUCCUAUUCUUACUGGGGAGGGCGAAUUUAUCAUUAGCUCUCACCUCAUCGACCAUCAUUCAUCCGUCUGUCGUUAUCCGUAUUCGUCGCUGCUAUUGUCCUCGUUUUCGUUUUCUCUAUACUCCAUCAUCAUCAUCAUCCCCCCCUUUUUUUUGCCAUGACCUCGAUAUCUUAUCGAUUACUUUCAUCCCCACUGGAACACCGUAUCAACCUCUUCGGACUCGCUUACUGAUCCAGAAUAUUACUGUCGACAG